ACUGACAUCAGAGCCGCAGGCGGGCGGAGAGAGCCGCCGAGCCCAGCCGAGACGAGCCCCAGCCCCAGCGAGAGAGCGGGCGGGUGGCCCAGGCGCGCAGCGCUGAGGACCGCGGCCAGAGCUCGGCGCCAACUACCGCGGGCCUCCCAGCCAGCCCCGCGGCGGGGCAGCCGCAGGAGCCCUGGCUGUGGCCGGGGGGCAGUGGGCCAUGCCGGGGGCAGUGGAAGGCCCCAGGUGGAAGCAGGCAGAGGACAUUAGGGACAUUUACGACUUCCGAGAUGUUCUGGGCACGGGGGCCUUCUCGGAGGUGAUCCUGGCAGAAGAUAAAAGGACGCAGAAGCUGGUGGCCAUCAAAUGCAUUGCCAAGAAGGCCCUGGAGGGCAAGGAAGGCAGCAUGGAGAAUGAGAUUGCUGUCCUGCACAAGAUCAAGCACCCCAACAUUGUAGCCCUGGAUGACAUCUAUGAGAGUGGGGGCCAUCUCUACCUCAUCAUGCAGCUGGUGUCGGGUGGGGAGCUCUUUGACCGUAUUGUGGAAAAAGGCUUCUACACGGAGCGGGACGCCAGCCGCCUCAUCUUCCAGGUGCUGGAUGCUGUGAAAUACCUACAUGACCUGGGCAUUGUACACCGGGAUCUCAAGCCAGAGAAUCUGCUAUACUACAGCCUGGAUGAAGACUCCAAAAUAAUGAUCUCCGACUUUGGCCUCUCCAAGAUGGAGGACCCGGGCAGUGUGCUCUCCACCGCCUGCGGAACUCCGGGAUACGUGGCCCCUGAGGUCCUGGCCCAAAAGCCCUACAGCAAGGCUGUGGAUUGCUGGUCCAUAGGUGUCAUCGCCUACAUCCUGCUCUGCGGUUAUCCCCCCUUCUAUGAUGAGAAUGAUGCCAAACUCUUUGAACAGAUUUUGAAGGCCGAGUACGAGUUUGACUCUCCUUACUGGGACGACAUCUCUGAAUCCGCCAAAGAUUUCAUCCGGCACUUGAUGGAGAAGGACCCAGAGAAAAGAUUCACCUGUGAGCAGGCCUUGCAGCACCCAUGGAUUGCAGGAGAUACGGCUCUAGAUAAGAAUAUCCACCAGUCGGUGAGUGAGCAGAUCAAGAAGAACUUUGCCAAGAGCAAGUGGAAGCAAGCCUUCAAUGCCACAGCUGUGGUGCGGCACAUGAGGAAACUGCAGCUAGGCACCAGCCAGGAGGGGCAGGGGCAGACGGCGAGCCACGGGGAGCUGCUGACACCAGUGGCUGGGGGGCCGGCAACUGGCUGUUGCUGUCGAGACUGCUGCGUGGAGCCGGGCCCAGAACUGUCCCCUACACUGCCCCACCAGCUCUAGGGCCCUGGACCUCGGGUCAGGAUCCCCUGCGUGGGAGGGCUUGGGGGCAGCCUGCUCCCCUUCCCUCCCUGAACUGGGAGUUUCUCUGCCCUGUCCCCUCCUCACCUGCUUCCCUACCACUCCUCACUGCAUUUUCCAUACAAAUAUUUCUAUUUUAUUGUUCCUUCUUGUAAUAAAGGGAAGAAGAUAAAACCAU